GACAGUUAUCCUGCUGGGACUGUUUUUUGCUACCGUUGCAUUGCAGGUUAUGAGCCUAUUCCUGGAGAGACUCUUUUUCUUACAUGUCUGGCCAAUACAAAAUGGUCAGUAGAAAAUCCUAGGUUUUGUCAAGGUAAGUUUCACUUAUAGCUGAAUAUUUAAAACUGUUGAACUGCCAUCUUAGAUCAGAUAUCUAGAGGAGAUCCAGAGACUUCAGAAAGAUAGAAAAUAAUAACGGACACUUUUCUUUUAUAGAACCUCGGAUACUUAAAUGGGGGAGAUGUAAUAUUCUGAGCAUCACUCCUCCUAAUGAUGAACUCAAUUGGUGAAUGCCCUUGGGUCUGUCCAUAAAGUGUCCAUAAAGAAAAAAAUAGUCUCUCAACUGCUUUCAACUCAUGAAGGAGGAAAGAAAGAACACCAAUGUCUGCAUCCAUCCCUAAAGACGACAUUAUUGUGAACCAUCAGUAAAACAGGAUAUUGAAUUAUCCUUUAGUUAAUAUAGUAUUUCCAAUGACACUUUCAGACUGUCUCUAUAUUGCAGUAGGGAUUCAAUUAUAUACGAACAAAUUCAUGUAGCAUAGUUGAAGUGUAUUUGCUUCCCCUGUGUACCAAAUCUGAUUUUAAAAAUAAAUACAUCUGGACAUUUUGCAGUAAAGAAUGUGACAGGGAAUUUCACUGGAGAUACUGAGAUAUAUUUUUUUUUACACAAUGCCGUAUGACCUCUCCGCAAACGAACAGGUCACCUGGAAGUGGCUUUGGUGUCUGUGGUGUACCCUUUUCAUUUUCUUUUUAAAGAAAUCAAGGCUGCAUGUGUUAAUGCUUGUUUUGAUUUUCCUGUUAGGAAGGCGAUGUCCUCCUGUAAGUAUAGAGAAUGGCAGAAUAAUAAUACCAAGCGGAGGGCGGCUAGGUGAUGAAAUAACUCUAGGCUGUAAUGAGGGGUACAAAUUGAUAGGCGAAAAGACUCUUCAAUGUGUGGAAGUAGGCAACAAACUUGAAUGGCAUAAAUCACCUCCAUUUUGCCAUCCAAUCCGAUGUUACCCCCCUGACAACAUUCUCUAUGGCUCACACAGUGGUCAACCUUAUGAAGAAUACUACUAUGGCUCAACAGUGACAUACACUUGUAAGAGAAAUUUAUCCCUUAUUGGAAGCCCGACUCGUACAUGUUCAGCUUCUCCAAUUAGUACUGCUGGAGUGUGGCGCCCACCUGCGCCUGAAUGUAAAGCGGUCCGUUGCGACCGUAAACCUGAAAUACAAAAUGGAAGAGUGACAACAAAGCCUAAGAGUUAUUACACAUAUGGAGAUCGUGCAAGUUUUGAAUGUAAUCCAGGAUACGUUAUGGUGGGGAAUAGCACUUGUACAUGCGGGCCUGACCAUGGAUGGAUUCCUCGUUUUCCAAAAUGUGUCAGGGAUAGAGGUCCCGCCCCCCCAUAGCACAGCAGGAGGAGAAGCAGGAGAUGAAGGAGGAGGAGGAGGAGGAGGAGGAGGAGGAGGAGAUGAUGCAGGAGAAGAGGACGUCGUAGACCCCGGAGCAGG